CUCCGCUACUCAAAGAACAAUCUCACUUCAGUUGUUGCAACUGAUUUCAUGCCAAACUCAACACUUAAAAAACUUAAUAUUAAUGAGAAUCAAGUUGUGUGGAUUGAUGGUGAUGUAUUUUCCAGGCUACCGAGAUUGGAAGAGUUAUGGCUGAGCAAGAACAGACUGAUAAAUGUGCCUACAAAUAUAUCAGCAUCUAUAGAGGGAGUGUACCUAGAAAAUAACCGCAUCCACAAUCUGGGACAUGGCAAUUUCAUCCACAAUGCCAAUUUGAAAUUCUUAAACCUCCAGCAGAACAACAUCACCAAUAUAUGUCAUGGUACCUUUAGUGGUCUGACCAGCCUCAUUACUCUAGACUUGGGAGCCAAUUACAUUUCUGACGUUAAAAAAUGCUCGUUUGAAAAUCUAACUAACUUGGAAAAAUUAGAUCUGUCAAGAAACCCUAUACGAAAGAUGGGUACUGAAUGUUUUGAGCCACUUUCAAAGUUACGAACUUUGCAAAUGUCACAUGUGCCAACUAACGCCAGAAUGUAUCCUGACAUUUUCCGUGGUGUAAGAAACUUGCAAUACCUUGACCUUUAUAAUAGCCCCAGUAUAGCCCAGGGGAUAGUCAAGUCAGCUGACUACCUCGAUACUCUUUAUUCAGUCAGGGAUCUAAACUUAAUGUACGAUGGAUUACAAACUCUACCAGAAUUUUUCCCAUCAUAUUUCCCGAACAUCCAAGUUGUGAAACUAUCAGGUAAUCCCUGGCGAUGUGACGCCAAUAUCCUUACACUCAGAAACUGGAUACGUAACCAAACCAAUGUGAACUUUUAUUUGGGGAAUGAAAUUCAAUGUAUGACCCCUGAAUGGAUGCAGGGAAAGGCAAUUUAUGAUGUAGAUGAGAAUGUUGACUUUGAUGAAGAGAAAAACACUAUACCUGAUGACUAUUAUUAUUAUGAUGAGGAGGACUUUAAAGAGGCAAUGGCUGAGAAAAACGAAAAGGAUUAUGAGACCCAGUCACAAAAUAAACCUGAGAAGGCUACAUCUAUUGCAAGUGAAAGAGAAAUAAAACCCUAUACACAAACACAAAGCCCUCAUUACAAUGGCAUAACACAUACUGAUGCAACAGAGAAUGAAAUAACCGAACCAAAUGAUUUUGAAGACAACAUAACUGAAGCAAUCCCUACAUCAAACAAUAACCAUGAUGCUGACAAUAUCAUGAGAAAUGAGGUUAUCACAGAACAACCAGUAAUCAACCCUCGCCGAGUAAAUGGAAAAGAUAUUCUCGAAAUUGACACAAAUAAAGCUGAAACAAUUGAGAGAGAGAAUGGACAAGUACAGAAGAAAACAAGUUUUAGAAUAAAUGGCUUCAAAGUAAUUGUUAAAACAUCAGAUUCAGACACUGUAAAAGUAUUAAAACAAGAUCAAAAUAACAGACAACAAAUUGUUGCAUCUCUAGAUUCAUCAAAUGAUGAGAAAAAUGAACAUUAUGAGAAAGCAAAGCAGAUAAUAUCAAAUCACCUAAUCAGAAAUAACAUCACUGUAAAAGGAACUACAAAUGUAGAAAUUAAAACUAGACCCAAGGCACCAAUUGUAAACAAACAAGAUCAAAAUAACAGACAACAAAUUGUUGCAUCUCUAGAUUCAUUGAAUGAUGAGAAAAAUGAACAUUAUGAGAAAGCUAAACAGAUAAUAUCAAAUCACCUAAUCAGAAAUAAUGUCACUGUAAAAGGAACAACAAAUGUAGAAAUUAAAACUAGACCCAAGGCACCAAUUGUAAACAAACCAAAAGUUGCAAUAAAAGUUGGGAUUAAAGUGACACCAAGACGGAAAACACCAAGAACAAAUGUAAACUCUUAUGUAAAAUACAGAAAUAAAGCUGAAAAUAGAUAUGCCGAUGAGCCUAAACUUAGAAUAACAACAGCUGCAACAAGAACAACAAUGAUAACAACAACACAGAAAAAGUCAAAUACGAAUAUUAACUCUUACGCACAAUACAGAAACAAGGAAAGAUAUAGAUAUGCCAAUAAGCCCAAUAACAAAAUAACAACAGCACCAAAAAUAACAACAAGGGCAACAACAACACCAAGAAUGACAACACAAAUGAAAACAACACCAAGGACGCUGGUAACACCAAAAACAAUUGCUAAUGACAGAGUUCACAGUGGAGACAAUGAUGAUAUAGAGUUUAUUGAGGAAAAUAUUCAAACCACAGUACCUCAUGAGAAAACAAACAAUGAUAAUAUAAACAAUGCUGAAGACCACAAUGAGGGCCGAAAGCAUAAAGGUGAUGUUGGUUCUACAACAGCAGAAGAUGACUAUGAUGCAGAACCUGGUGAGUCAGAGGAAUAUUCUGGGGCAGGUUUUCUAUGACAAUAGGAUGCUAGAGCAAUGAAACACUUCACACAAGACAUUCUUCUUUUUUGAUUUUCCAAUUUUUAAUUUUUUUUAAUCUAACAUUUCUCUCCUUUUUUCUGAGUUGAGUCUUCUUAAAAAUAUAUAAGAUGACAUCAUUUAUUUGAAAAUCUAAUUCAUUCAUUUUAUAGAUUCAUUUUAUUUUAUUCAUGUUUGUGCUUGUGUACAUUUGACAGUAUGAGAAGUGGCUGGCCAUUUAUGGGUUUGAAGAAAUUCCUUCAGAGAUAUGAUCAUAAAAAAAUCAUGGAAUUUUUAAUCAUUGGUUGUUUUGUCUGCAUAUUUAGAUGCCGCAAUAACUUCCAACAGAUUCACAUAUGUACCGAGUCUCUUUUCUAUAACCUGUUCAUAUAUGUCAAUGUGUUAAAUGUGAAAAUGUAAUCUUUUCUUAUAUAAUGCUUAUACAUAGAACAUGAUGUACAAAGUAAAAUACUUUUAUAUGAGUAGACCUAGAUUCAUAAUUUGAUUAACUGUAAUAUAAUCAUAAUUGUACAUUUUGAUUAACUCAAAUGAAAAUGAGGAUGAACAAUGUAUUAUAUAUGUUUUGAUGUGUAAAAAUCAAAAAAAAUUGUCGCUAAGAAGACGGACAGUUGCAUUUCUUAAAAGGGACCAAUGUUUUAGAUGGUUCUUUGUGGUUGAAAAUGCAUGAAUGAUUAAAUGACCCCUUAUUCCUGGCUUAAAAC